UUUUUCAGAUUUUUUUACUCCUCUGUAUGUUUAAUAAAAGAGAAUAAAGCCCUCAUACCUAGGGGAAAUUAUUUGUACGAGCUGAUACAUCCACAAACCACUUCCUCCUUCCCAGUCGCAAAUAAACUGAGCUACUAUUUGGUUAAAUUAUACAUAAAUAAUAAAUGGCGUUUAGUUUUUGUGCACCUCCCCCUACCAUACAAUGAGAAGAAUCAAAUUUUGUCGUGCCAUUCUCUAAAUGAAAAAGAGUUAUGGCCACAUAUCCUCAUAGAAGCUUUGCUAACUUGCUUUGAAAAUUUUCACCUUCCCUAUUAUCCUUUUUACCUCCUCGAGAUGUUAACGGGGCUCAAAUGUGUAAACAAGUCAUACGACUUUAUCCCCUUCGGGGACUACCUACGGGCGGAAAAAUGCUUUUUCAUCCCCUGCGCGGUGCUCUUUGGCAGGGGGAGCGACAGGAGCAGCGACGGGAGGAGCGUCAAUCUUUGUGACCAUACUGACGUAGCCUCUUCCCCCCCCUACUUACACGAAGAGCAACGCGCCCCCGCAGAUGCACCCAGGGACGAACAACAACACGCUGACCAUUCGGAGAAAACAACCAACCAAGUGAACACGGGGAACAGAAAGGAAGACACGAGGGAAAACCUAUGUGUGGUUCAAAAGACCUGCUUCUCCUUGAGAGGAACUGUGAAGAGCUCCCCCUUUCAUGAGGAUCACCCGCCAGCACGAUUCUUCUUUCUCAUCUGUUCGGUGGAAAAAGAUUAUGUAAAAAUAAAAUGCGAAAAUGUGAAGCCACGACAUUGUAUACCCUACUCGGAUUACCAACAGGCUAUGCAUAAAGCAAAGAAGGAUAUUUUCCCUAAGGGAUAUGCCUACAUCAACGAUAGGGGAAACAUACGGAUUAAAGACACAGAAUUGGUGCCAGUAAAUAGUUUGAUUCCCCCGAAUGGUAGUCCCGAGGGGGGAGAUGAAGGAGACCAGGGGUCAGAUAAAAAAUUGAGCUCACAUGUCACGAUGAGGGAACCCCAAACAGAAAGUUGUGGUGAUGCGAAUUGUGACAUAUAUGACAUUACUGUGAAUGAAGAUAACACCCAACAGGUGCUCCAGCUAAUUAGGAAAAUUUUAGGAGAUGGUAAGAAAAGCACCAAGGGUGCCAAAACGGUCAGCGAGGAAUCGGAUGGAAGGCUCCCCCGAAUGGGUACCUCCAAGUUGGGUAAAAAGGUAAUCCCUACACGCUGUGCAUAUUUAGAUAGAACAAACCAGUGUGAAUAUUUGUGUCAGGCAGGCAGUUUGUUUUGACGCGCGUGGAAUGGUGCGUGGGUGCUACUAAACAGUUUCCAAUCUGUAGUCAGCUCCUUCAUAGUCAGCUCCUCCGUAGUGGGCGUGGAGCGGUCACCCCACCUGGCCGCCUCA